AUGGUCUCCUGCGCGAUUAUUCAUUUUACCUCGGCCCGCGGGGCCAACACUGCCAGGGAGACUCGGCAAGACAGAGCUUUAUCAGGUGGAGACCCUGUUCACUUCAUCUUUGUUAUCCUGUGUGUUUUUCCUGGUUAUUUGCCUCCUUAUUUGGAAUGGCUUGUCAUGUCCUUCUAUGACCUAAAACGAUGUGCCUUCGCACGCUUACAUUCAUGA